AUGUUAGAAAAUAAGAAGAGGAAAUUGCUGCUCGAUCAAUUUUCUUCACAAUACCUCAGGCCGAGCAAGUAUUUGCUAAUGUAUCGUAAUAAUGACCUCGAGGAGGAAUCAGAAGACCAAGCGAAUAAUAAACAUGCCAUUUACGAAAAUAAUGAUGACAAUAAUGGUAGCAAUGAUGAAGCAACAAUUAAAAGAAUGGAAUUGAAUGAUGAAAGAAUGGAUUCCGCAUCAUCAUCUGCAUCAGAAGAAAGAGUAGGAGCAGUAGGAGCAACAACACUGGAAAAUAGAUCCAGCAAUAGAAAAUCAAUUAUGGAAAUUGGAAAUGAUUGUUUCUUUGAAAUUUUAGGCUUUUUGGAAUUAUACGAAUUUCGUUCUUGCAUUUUGGUGAGUAAAACUUGGGCCCGAUUGAUUAUUCCAUUCUUUAUGGAUUUGGCAAUGGAAAUUUAUGAAAAUGAUGAACAUUUAGAUAGUUUGAGAAAGUUUGGACAGGAGAAUGAUGAUUUAAUAUUGAAGGAUGGUUUAUAUACUGAAGGUGCCACUUGGAAACCAUUUACUUGUUAUAAUGAUGAUCAGAUUGGGGAUUUUAGUGUAAGCUAUGGACAUUGUUCAGAUGACGAUGAUGUUAUUGAGCUUGAUGAGUGUGAAUUUCACAGAAAAUUGAUUCCUUUUGGUAGUCCACUUUGUAAAGGAACCGUUAAGGAACAAUUUGAAUUGGUUCAAGACAAAAUAGAUUCAGAAUCUUAUAGAAUUCUUAUUGAGAAACAACUUGGAAUACCAGAAAAGGAACAGGACACUUAUGAAUUUAAUCCUUUUGUAAUAUUUGAUGAAAUAGAGCGUGAAAAGGGUAUGAUCGAGCCAUAUCUUCAUGAAAUUCAAGAAGCAAAAUGUAGAGAUAAUGAUGACGAUAACUUUAAUGUUUUCUCUGAAGAGCAUGUUCCUUACGCAAUCAGAGCUGGAAUAACACGAUGUACAAAACGUGCAGGAAUAUUAUUCCACGAACCGUCUGCUAUUGAGGAUGCUUUUUACCAACUGAAAAGAUUCAUUUAUUUACUGAUUAAGGAUGCCUAUGAAAGUAAAUUCCCAAACAAGACACAAGAUUUGCAAUUUACAGAAACAUAUGAAGACUACUCACUCCACUGUUUCGAAUAUGAAGAUGAUUUUUUAAACAGUGAUCUUAUGGAAGAUAGAGACCUAAAGUUGAACUCACAGGACAUUCUAGAAUCAUUUACAAAACUAACAGGUAAGACAUUCUUUUUUGCAGAUGCCCGAUUGGAAGCUGCUUUAUAUGCAGGAAAUCCUGAAGCAGAACCAAUCGAACAAGGUAGUGAUGAAGAUUUGGAAUAUUUUGGAUAUUCUUUAUACGAAUCUGAUAUGAAUGAGUUUCCAAUUGUUGAUCUGGAUGAUUCUUCCCCCAAUGACGAACAACAGGCCACCGAAGAAGAAUCUCUUCAAUAUCACCUUAGAAGAAUGCUCAGAGAGCAAUCAUACGAAUGUAUUCUAAACUAUUUCGAAUCCACAUCAGACUAA